ACCUCUGGCCCGGCGGCCUUUGCACCGGGAGGGCAGAAGAGGCGUAAGUGGCUGGGGCUGGGGGACUCCAUGCGGGGGCCAUGGACAGAGCGGCUCUCCUGGGACUGUCCCGCCUGUGCGCUCUGUGGGCAGCCCUGCUCGCGCUGUUCCCCUGCGGAUCCCAAGGAAACUGGAUGUGGUUGGGCAUCGCCUCCUUUGGGGUUCCGGAGAAGCUAGGCUGCGCCAACUUGCCGCUGAACAGCCGCCAGAAGGAGCUGUGCAAGAGGAAACCGUACCUGCUGCCCAGCAUCCGCGAGGGCGCCCGGCUGGGCAUCCACGAGUGCAGGAGCCAGUUCAGACACGAGCGCUGGAACUGCGCCGUGGCCGCUGCCGCGCAGCCGGGCACCAGCUCCCUCUUUGGCAACGAGCUGAGCAGCGGCACCAAGGAAACGGCAUUUAUUUAUGCAGUCAUGGCCGCAAGCCUGGUGCAUUCUGUGACCAGGUCCUGCAGCGCAGGUAACAUGACAGAGUGCUCCUGUGACACCACUUUGCAGAAUGGCGGCUCAGCGAGUGAAGGCUGGCACUGGGGGGGCUGUUCUGACGAUGUCCAGUACGGUAUGUGGUUCAGCAGGAAGUUCCUAGACUUCCCUGUCAGAAACACCACGGGGAAAGAAAGCAAAGUACUGUCAGCAAUGAACCUACAUAACAAUGAAGCUGGAAGGCAGGCUGUGGCCAAGCUGAUGUCGGUGGACUGCCGCUGCCACGGAGUUUCCGGUUCCUGUGCCGUGAAAACCUGCUGGAAAACCAUGUCUUCUUUUGAAAAGAUUGGCCAUUUGUUGAAGGAUAAAUAUGAAAACAGCAUCCAAAUCUCAGAGAAAAUAAAAAGGAAAAUACGCAGACGAGAAAAAGAUCAAAGGAAAAUACCCAUUCGCAAGGAUGAUUUGCUCUACAUUAAUAAGUCCCCCAAUUACUGUGUGGAGGACAAGAAACUGGGGAUUCCAGGGACACAGGGCAGAGAAUGCAAUCGAACGUCAGAGGGUGCCAAUGGCUGCAACCUCCUCUGCUGUGGCCGAGGUUACAACACCCACGUGGUCAGGCAUGUGGAAAGAUGCGAGUGCAAGUUUAUCUGGUGCUGCUAUGUCCGCUGCAGGAGGUGCGAGAGCAUGACUGAUGUCCACACGUGCAAGUGAUCACUCAAUCCAGCCUUGGACGCAGUGACAAACAACAGGAGUGUCACCCAGAGGGCGCCUCUCACCAUGCAGGCUGGGAAUUCGACUCCCACCUCGGAAUCCCCAGCUCCCUGAUCCUCUUUCAGAGUUUCCUUUGCCCACUCAAUAUCCGUCACACACAGAGCAUUUCUUGGUAUUUUAAAAUUGAAAAGGUUUGCGUUCAUCUUUGGUGGUUUGGGGAACAUGUGUUGACAGAUAAGGAAGAUAAUCUGUCUCCUAAACAAGAAAGAACAGGAAAGAACCUUCCUGCCAGGAGAUUGUCUUAUACUCUGGAUAAGAUCUUGACUCCAGAACUCAGUUACAGAUUCAAUAGUGCUGAGUGAAUAUUACCUAUUUUUAGAAGACACUUCUUAUAGCAGCAAGGAGCAGUAAACAUGAAUUUCAUUUAUUCUCUCAAUAUUUUAGAUGAAGAAAUCAUAUUAAGUGUGCCUAAAUACAGGAGAUGUUGAAACGUUGCCAGAUGAGUGCUUACUUACCCUUGCGUGCAUUUCAAAAGAAGGGCAAUUUAAAAAAGAAUCUCCAUAUGGGAUGCAAUUAUCUCCAAAAAAAAGUAUUUGUUAGAGAUCUUUAGUGACAAAGAAAAGAACCAAAAUGUAAAAAGUGCCUUUUAACCAGGAAAAUCUACCUAGAAAAUUAUCAGAGGGGCCUCCCUGGUGGCGCAGUGGGUUGAUCCAGCUGCAGUGUGGGUUCGAUCCCGGCCGAGAAUCCCACAUGGCGCAGCAGACCUCUCCUGUCUCGCCCGCUGCUCCCCACAGCAGUAUAUUUCGGUCCUUCUGCCUGUUCUGCUCCCUGCUCUGUCUCUGGUGAAUCCUCUCACCCUCCCGCGCCUCUAGCCUGUACCCCAGGUCUUGUAUAAAAAUAAAUAAAUCUUAAAAAGAAAAUUAUCAGAAAAAGUAUAUGGCAAUCUUUCAUUUUGGACUUCAUACUUUAAUUGUAGGCCAGUGUCCACUAUUAGAAACCCAGCUCUGGGAGCCCUCUCUGGUGGCCUAGGGUUGUUAAGCCUUAGCACGAUCACCACUAUGGCCUGAGUUCGAUCCCCAGCCAGGGAGCUAACCCAAAUGACACAAUAGACCUCUCCUGUCUAGCCUGCUGAGCCCCUCAGCAGUAUAUUUCAGUAAAAUCUGCCUGUUCUGCUCCCCACUCUGUUCUCAUGAAUCCUCUCACCACCCCCCCAUCUCUGGCCUACACCCCAGAUACAUACAUAUACAUACUUACAUACAUACAUACGUACAUACAUAAAUAAAUAAAUAAAACCCAGCUUGGAAUUCUAGGGGAGGAAGGAUCCUGAAAGUGUGUGAGAAAUUAGAGGUAAAAAUAUAAGGCACUCUCAUUCAUUGUAAAGAAAAGUGCUUGUUAAAUGUGUAAAGACAGUAUUUUGUAUGGUAUUUUGCUUUAAAAAGUGUUAUAUUUUGUAAAUACAUUAUUUAAGUUAUGUGAUAUAUAUUAAAACUUCAGACUUUUAUUGCCAAAGUCCAAGAGCUGAAGCAAUAAUAUUGUCUUAGAAAUAAGAUUAGCUUCUGUUUCUUUUCAAAUGCUGGGUUUUUGUGUACUUUGAAAAGAGAUUAAUAGAGCAGUAUGUUAUAUGGAUGUGUAUUUCUUGCCCAAAUGGCAGUUUUAUAUGUUAUAGAUUAAAGUAUGCUGUAAAAUAUUGAGAAUUGUGUUAAUUCAGCAGUCGGAUUAGUUGAAUUCUGUUUUUAAUUAGUUAUGUUUAACUUGUAAGUUUAUUGUAGUAAAUUAUACAGUAAAAGUAUAACUGGAAGAAAGGAAUCUAAAUUAGAAUAAUGAUCGAUUUGUGGAUUUGAUAUCCUGGAUAUUUAUUAUAUUGUACGUAAUGCUGCAUUUUCAUGUGAAUGUUGAAUGGUCUCUCCUGUUAUUCAUGCAUGGAUACUCAUCAUAUUUUAUAAGGUUUCUCAUGAAAAUUAUAGUGCUGUAUUUAAGUUGUAUUUUAAAUGUAAAUGCUUAUGUUUUUUAUGAAUUGUUAAAUAUUUCAGUAUUAUGUAGAAAAAAUUUUCUAAGUUCAGGAUGGACAAAGAAAGAGUAUUCUUGUUCUUAUAAUAAGCUAAAGAACUGUUUUCCUGCCCCCAGGUCUCAGUCUAUUUCCUUUAAAUUUUAUUUACCAAGGCAGACCAUUAAGUUGUGUAAAAGAACAAACCCAUAGAAAAUGUCUCAGGUCUGAUAUUAAAAUCGAGACUAAACAUUGAAUUGUGAGCCUUCAGGUUUAACGUGAUUAUUAUUUACUGAAUGAGAAGAUUCAGAAAUGACAAAUGCACAGUUGUUAUUUAAAAGUGGUUUACCAUUCUUUAGCAUCCACUGAUGAGAAUAACCCAAAACACAGACAAUUCUCAUGUCUUUUUUUGCGAAGUAAAUCUAUUUUACCUACAGUGAAAAUAAGCACUCUUUUUUAUUAAAAAAAAAAAGAAGACUGUAGUUCCAAUUGAUGGCCAACCAUAUUAACCGGAAAGUUUUUUCACUAUCACCUUAACCAGCCAUUGUAACAAUCAGCCAGUCUAUAUAAUUCCCAAAUAUCUGAUUGUUUUCAACCACCGACCCAGGCUCUCUUCUCCUGCGUGCCUGAACAGGAACUCCUGAUUUCCAAGCUGUGUCUUUGGAUUCCUCUUUUCCUUUCCCACCCAGGUACAUGAGGUAAUUAGGGCUCUUAAAGUUGCCAGUAAGUGAAAACCCAACAGAUUAGGAAAUGAACUGACUCAGAACUGUAAAAUCCCUCGUUGUGACUGGCUCAAGCUUGAUCCACAAGCUCACACUGUGUCCCCAGACUCACAUCUCUCCAUCUCCAGCCUAAAAGGGCUGGCUUGCAGGGUGCUGGCUUCUGCUUGAGGCUCCACACAGUGCUGCACCAGCCACUGCCCUCCACCCUCAGCUGGGAUCUCCCAGCAACUCCAGGUUCUCUGCUUUUCUUAGCAACGCGGCUGCCACACUUCCCUUCCAGACUUCACAUUCUCCUCCGCUUACUCCAAGGAAUGAGAGAGGUUAUUUUCCCCUGGUUGUGCAUGCAGGAGAGAAGGAAAACUUUCAUUUCUCAGAAAGCCCAGCAAAGGUCCUCUGAGUCUCAUGGACUCAGAUGUUCAGGUGCCCAGCCCUGAACCAGUCACUGUGGCCUUUGGGGAUUAGGGUUGGUAAAUACCCGGAUCAUCCGGACAAUCGAGACCCACUCUUGCUGGAAGCUGGCAACUAGGGUUUUAGAAUAAAACCACCUAGCCUGAGAAUAGGAAAGGGAUACAGGCAUAGAGGAAAACCAGGGUAUCCCGUCACCAUGAAAGGGUGCCUGGACGCUGGGCAGAGACUGACUAGUUAGAUGCCCCAGCUCUAGUGAUGUGUUUAGGAAACAGCCUUCUGGCUUCACAUGGGUCAGGCACACAGCCAGACAAAGCACUGUGGGUCACAUAUGUGGGUACAAAGUGCUUUGAUAUGUUUAAAUGUACUUUAUAUUAAAAAGUGGAAGGGAGGUACUCUGGUGCAUUAAUUUUUAACUUAGGAGUUCAAUGUUUUUUGAAAAUUUGGAACUGCCUAUUAGAGGCAAUAGCUAACGGCAAUGAUGGUUGUUUUGAAAUAAAAUCAAGAAAAACAUAUGGUAUUAUCUGUAACCUC